UUGCUGAAAUAAUGAGCAAUGACAAGAAGAACUUGAUUGAGAAAGUGGAAUUGCUGAAUGCCGAGGUGAAAGAGAUCCAAGCAAAGAGAGAUGAGAUCAUUAAAGAGAAACUGCAGCUGAGCGAAGAGGAAACGGUGCUGACGAACCAGCUGGAGGAAUUCCGACGGGAGAUUGAGCAGCAGAAGGCUGACAAUGACAAAGUGAAGAACGACUACGAGCGACUGAAAUGUUCUAAACUGGAGCAGUCGGCCCGCUUGGAUGACCUUCAGACCGGCGUCAAUAAACUGACCAAGGAGAAAGAACAGCUGGAAGAUCAACUGGAGAAAGCGAAUGAGUACAGUGAGAGUCUGAAAGGAACUGUUGAGGAACUGAAUGGUGACAUUGCAAAGUACAAGAUGGAGAAAGAAGAAGAAGGAAAGCAACAACAAGUGGUAAUUGCACAGCUGCAGGAGCAGAACGAAGCCCUCGGUGAGCAACACAACAGCCUGAAGCAGGAACUCCAGAAUCAGCAACUGAAAACAGAUGAACUUCUCGAGGGCCAACAUCAACUGCUCUCGAAACAUGAAGAAAUGUGCAACAGUCUAGCAACUGAGAUUGAUGACUUGAAAUCCAAGCUGAAGUUGACUUUGGAAGAGCUAGGUCGAGCCCGUGGCUUGUUAGACGAGAAAACUGAAAAGUGUGCUGCUGUUUUCGACUUGGAAACCCAACUAGAAGAGGCUGAGUCACAACUGGUGACCGUUACCCAUCAGUAUGAAAUGAGUCAGGUCGAGAUAGAAGAGUUGAAGAAAGAAACGACUAAUGUGAAGACGAAAUUAGCAAAUGCUCACACAGAAAUUCAAGAUAUCAGCAAAGAAUACGAAGUGAAACAAGAAGAAUCGCAGGAAAAACUAAACACUGUGGAACACAAUCUACAGAAUGAAAUCAAAGACAUGCUGGAAGAGAAAAGUAACCUCGAAAGAGAUUAUAAUGCCAAAUUAACGAAGUUACAGAUGGAAGUAGUUGAUUUCAACAACAGACUACAGUCAAGACUUACAGAGAAAAGCGAUUUGGAAGAGAAGUUAGACAAAGUGCAGAUUGAUUUGAAGAACACAGAAAACCAACUGCUGGAGGCUAAUUCUGUUAAGGAAGAUCUUUCCAAAUGUCUUGAGAUGGUCUCAGUAUCGAAAGAGGACAUUUCCGAGAAGUUGGCGUUUGCAUUGCAGAAACUCGAAGAAGUAUCACAGUCCAGGUACUGGAAUCAGUCGAAACAGUCCGUACAACUGGAGGCCAGCUCUGAGGUAGACGGUGGCAAGCCUCAAGAUAUUCCUCUGGCCGUUGUGGAACCGGAUAACUACCAGAGCGAUAAUUUUGGAACGUUUUCAGCUAGCCGUUCAAUUAAAACUGCAGACAAAAGCGGUGAAGAUGAAGAUGAAGAAGAAGAAAAAGAAGAUAAAGAAGGAAAUGAAAGAGAUGCCAAAGAUGGUGGUGAAAGUGAAAUGGAGCAGUCAACAUGUUUAUUGGAAAGAGACCAAAGCCCAAUUCUAAUUGAAAACACAUCAGAUGAGUUUAUGAUAUGUCUGGAUGCCAUGAUAAGAAGCAGUACCAAAGGAGUUCAGAUUUCUAAGAGCUUCCAAAGAAGAAUGGAACAACUGAAGGUUUCAAUAAAUGAGCUUGAUGCCAAAGGAAAGGGUUCUGGCACCUUGGAGAGGUUUUACAACGUUAUGGAUCUUUUUGUCGACUUACAAGACAGCCACAGCCAACUAUAUCAGCAGAUUAAUAAACUGAUGCAUUAUGCAAAAGAACUGAAGCAUGGGAUUGAACCAGCUGUGACUCAGUCACAUGUAUCAGCAUUGACCCAAGAAAGGAACAGUGAUGACGAAAGAAGCAAAACGGAAAGUGAGUUAAAACCUGGCGUGUCACAGAAGCAGAAUCUCAGAGAGUCCAGCCAUAACGAGGAAAGAAUGAGCUUCAGCUGCCGAAAUGAGAUCCAAAAGGACAAUCAGGUGCAGCACGAGAAUUUACAGAUGGUCUUGAAGGAGAAUUGUUUGUUGAGGCAGCAACUGGAAGCAAAGCAGAAGGAGGUUCUUCAGUUACAUCACGAUGUCACAGUGGCUCAGCUUUCAACUAGUUCAAUACAGGCACAGCUUAGUGUUGACACUUUAGUCAGAAAUAGCAUUGAGAACAACAGCAUUGCCUCAACACCUGUCUGUGAACUUACCCAGGUAAGAGAUAAAAAUCAUCCGCUUUGGAAUUAUGAUCUUGUGGUCCUCUACAUGUAGGCUGUCGUGACUGGU